GGAAUUAAAUGAAAUUUCUUCUACCUAAAGACAGAAAUUAAAUUCCAAAAAAAUAUAUAUCAUAAAUUCAUGUUUAUUUUUGCGAGUUAAAAAUAACCAUUUGAUAAUAAAAUUCGAAGUGAUUGCACAACCAUCUCUCUCAUUUUCACUGAUACAAAUCAUGUCUGCUUGAGAGAAAAUUCGGAAUUCAGAUGUUUCAAUUUUCUUAGAUAUAUAUACAAUUUGUAUAUAUAAUUUACAUUAGAAUCUUUCUCAGUUGUUUAUCUUGGAUUAUAUAAUAAUUCUCUCAGUAAAGUGCGAAAUUGAAAGAGGAGGUCAAAUUAAGAAAUUUCAAUAUUUAUUAUAUCUACUGGAAUACACACACUACUAACAAUCAUGGGCAACGCUCUUACUACGGCAUCUGUGUCAGCUACUAAUGUGAUAGUACCAGCAUCUCAACAAAUUAUUAAGCCAGAUUCUCAUAAAAUGGAUAAAUAUCAAGGUGAACCACCACCGGAAUGUCCUAUGCAUAAAUCAGGUCAAUUAAACACCAUAAGUUAUGUCAGCGAAUGUCCAAUAGACAAAAUGGAUGAAAGCGAAAUAAAUCCAUUAAACAUGAUGCCACCAGAGAAUCAGCAACCUGCACCGGAUCAGCCGUUUCCUCUGCCAACUGAUAGACAGGUUUCAUCAAUACCUAAAGCGACUGGACGGGAAGGAGAAUUUUGGGUGUACCCCUCUCAACAAAUGUUUUGGAAUGCUAUGUUGAGAAAGGGAUGGCGAUGGAAGAAUGAUGAUAUAUCCACAAAAGAUAUGGAUGACAUAAUAAAAAUUCACAAUGCCAACAACGAACAAGCAUGGCAAGAGGUUCUUAAAUGGGAAGCCCUUCACGCGCGAGAGUGUGGUAAUCCGAAAUUGCGUAGUUUCGGUGGAAAAGCAUCAAAAUAUUCUCCACGUGCACGUAUUCGCUAUUGGAUGGGAUAUGAAUUGCCAUUCGAUCGACAUGACUGGAUUGUAGAUCGUUGUGGUAAAAGCGUAAGAUAUAUCAUCGAUUAUUAUGAUGGCGGCAAAAUUGAUGAAAAGUAUAAGUUUGCGUUGCUUGAUGUGAGACCUGCGAUGGAUUCGUGGGAGAAUAUUUGGGAUCGAAUGAAAGUAACGUGGUGGCGUUGGAGGUAUCAAUCUGAUGAUGAAUCUACUGUUACGCAUUAAUUUAUAAAUUAGCGCUAAAAUACAUUAUUUUAUCUAAAUGAUAAUUAAAGCCUUAAUAAUUGUGUAACAUAACGUUCAUGUGUUGAGAGAUUGUAUGUAUAAUAAUUUAGAAAAUAUCAUAAAUAUAAAUUUAU